GUAACACACGAUCAUUUUUGUCUCAAUUAUGCAAUGCUUGCUCAUUUGUUGAAUGGGAAGAAUUUUAAGUCAGAGAAUUGCAGGGAUCUUUGGAGGAUAACACGUUUCACAUGCUGAGAAAUGGAGGAAUGAUGUCCGGCGACAAAAACUUAGGUAAUUGACAAUCAUGUAUGUGGGCACCCUGAACGCUGAUCUUUCGGAGUUGAGGCCUAUCUCGAGGGGAAUGUUGAUGGCCCCUAGGAUCCGGAGCUCCCAGUGCUGCCUGUCCCAGAGUAGGGAUUCCAGAGCCAGUGAUCUCAGAUCUGACUCUGCUACUUCAGUCCAGUCUGUUGCAGAUGAAGACCUAACACUGACAGACAUUGAGAGAAUGUUUGUUCAGAAGGUCGAGGACAAGAAAGAGGACUUAAAGGCAGCCUUUCAAGCAUUUGACACGGAAGGAAACUACACCAUCACCAAAGGGGAAUUCAGGCGUGUCAUUGAGCAUUUUCUUAUCACCCUCACUCAGGCCCAGUUUGAAGUGCUGCUAACCAAGGUUCCAAAGAGAGCAAAUGGCAGUGUAGCCUAUAUGGAAUUCCUCAGAAAAUACUGCAAGAUUUCAUCAGCUAAGCAGAGAAUCCCCAACAUUUGUGAGAAUCAACAAAACCAGACCUUGGGGGAACUACAGUGCAACCUAAAAGAUAAGAUUGGAAGCAACUUGAAGAAUGUUACACGAGCUUUCCGCCUAUUUGACUUCAAUCUUGAUGGGCAGAUUCAGCAGCAUGAGUUCAGAAGAGUCUUGGAGGCGUACUGCUUUCCUCUCAGUGACCAGGAUUUUCAGAGACUUUGGUCUCACUAUAGAACUAGCAAUACAGAGACGGUAUUCUACAAGGAAUUUCUUGAAAGACUUGGUAUUGACUGUGAAAAUUAUCACAAGAAAACACCAGAGUGUGUUCAGCAAGCUUUGAACUGGGAUAUCUGUGAUCAAAUGAGAAGAACAAACCGAAGUAUAAAAAUGGCUUGGGCUGACACAGAUAGGAAUGGAGAUAACUUUGAUGAAAUCCAGACAAAAUUUCUGAAAAAAAUGAGCAUGAACUACAAUCUUGUUCAGAAGGCUCUUCAUGCAUUUGAUAUCACUGGAAGUGGUUUGAUUUCUCCAGAGGAUCUCAAAUCAGUCCUCAGUAGUUUCAUUUUUCCUAUGAAUGAGCGAAUUUUCAGUGGGCUUUUAAACAGGCUUGGAGUGAAAGCUACAGAGCCCAUAUCCUGGAGCCAGUUUCUAGCCUUAUUCCAAGAUAGGCAGCAGCCCUUGUCAGAAAGGAAGUGGACUGCGCCCAUAAUGCCCGGUGUUGAGGGAAUCUUGCCAAAGCUCCAGCAUCAAGUUCAGCAGGUUCACACUCUACUUAAACGGGGCUUUCAGAUCUUUGAUGAGAAUAAAACUGGAGUCCUUCCAUGGGGUGAGCUGCGGAGAGUGGUUGAAGGCCUCACCUUUCGUCUGACAGAUGAGCAAUUCAAAGGCCUUGUUGAUCUUCUAGAUCCUGAAUGUUCUGGAGUUAUCAAUUACGGCCAAUUCAUCGAGCUUUGUCAGAAUCAUACAAAAUCAAGACCAAUGACAGCAGUGCAGCGACAAGCAGUGUUUGGUCUGCAGGAAAUGCACAAGCAAAGGAAUUAUUUGAGAGGGAGGAGUCUAACUGAUCAGAGCCCAGUGUCCUCCGUUUCCAUUCAUACAUGGAACACGGUGGAGACCAUUUUGAGGGACAGACUGUCAGAACAGCUGGAUGCAGUCCUGAAUCUUCUUGACCAACUUGACCAUACCCAAAAUGGAACUGUCAAUUCUGUGGAACUCAAAAGGGUUGUUCAGCAAUAUGGAUUGCCUGUAUCUGACAGUCAUUUUGAAAAGCUGUGUGUAAACUUCAAAGACUCUGGAGGGAUCAAUUAUAAGCGGUUCCUGAAGGGCUUAGGCAUUCAGAAUAUCAGUGCUGAAGACAGAAGUACUCAUGGCUCCCUGAGCCUUUUCCAGAGGACUGGAAGUGCUUAUCAUGCUCACCUCAAGAAACUCAAGGGACAGGCAUUACAGGAUGUUGUCCUUAAGAAACUCAAAAAUGGCCUGGAUGGUCGUGGAGUAAGCCUGCAGGACUGUCUGAAGAUGUCAGGAGGAGGCCCAAAAGCAACCCUCACUCUUGCAGAUUUUAGUAAGAUUCUAGAUGACUGCAGGAUUAUGCUGGACAAACCACAAUUUCAAACUCUCACUCAAGCUCUUGGGUUUCACAACGGACAAAUAUCACACUUUGACUUAGUUGGCAAAUUUGAAAAAAGCACAGCCAAGGAGAGAAAUCACAAGAUAGAAAGGGAAAAUUUGGAAGGGAUGCCAUCCAGCCUCAUUUCAGCGGAAGAAUGUCUGCAGCAGCUCAAGAAGAAAAUUAAAGAUUUUCAUGGGGAUGCCCUCUCUGCUUUCCGUGUGAUGGAUAAAAACCGCGAUGGUCUGGUCAGCUGGAGGGAUUUCAGGCCACUGUUUGACAGUCUCCAAUUUGUCAUCAAGGAGAAGGAGUACCAACGGCUUUUAGACCUCAUGGGAUUUCAAAAUGGUGCAACACUGAACUAUGCAGAGUUCUUCGACAUAGUCCAUCGCAAUAGCAAGGAGGAAGCAGCCAUUUUAUCAAUCAAAAAAUCUGGGAGUGGAGAACCUUGUGACAGUGUGGGACAUCCAUCUAGACCUGAUUGGUUGCUUGAUUUAGCAUGUGAACAAGUUCAUGCUCAUCUGGUAGCAGACAUACGUCAUCGCUGGCAUGAGAUUUCAAAGGAUCUCUGCCACUUUAAUGAAGAUGGUGAAGCCAUUAUCCAUAAAAUAGGUUUAAGACGUCAUCUCUUCAAGUACUCUUUACCAAUCACGCCCAGAGACUUUGAGAAACUGUGGAUGAGAUAUGAUAAAGGAGGGAAGGGCUACCUGACCCAGACAGAGUUCUUUGAGAUGCUACACAUCGUGCCUGAGGGACAGGACCAUUUGUUAGAACCUCCAAUUACAGAAGGAGAGCUGGAUACUCAACUGGAGCAACACGUGGACAGAGAGGCAUCCCCACCCUGCAGGGAUGUGAUCUCACAGGACCUCAGACAUUCAGUCCAGUCUCCCCAGAGUGUUGAAGAUCUAAGUCCAGACAGAGCCGUGCAAAGAAUCAGAGAGGUUGUAACUGCUGCCCCUGAUCAUCUUCAUAAGGCCUUUUCAGCGUUUGAUAAGACGGGACGUGGAGUUGUUUCACCACUGGAGUUUCGACGAGUCUUGGACCACUUCUGCUUUAGGCUGUCUGAUCGGCAAUUUAACCACUUACUGAUGAAGCUGAAGGUCAGAGAGGAGGGAAAUAGCAUGGUGAACUGGAGACAGUUUCUUGAGACGUUUCAGUUCAACAGGGAAGAGACAGCAGAAGAAUGGCUGGAAAAAUUAGAGAAGGUUCACUUCCCCAGUCAAGCCCGUCCACUGUCCAUCAAUGAGAUCCUGGAACGAGUUAAAGACGUAGUGUCGACCCGUCUCUAUGUGAUCACCAAAGAGAUGGUGGCCCUUGAUUAUGCUCACAUUAACACGAUCUCCAAACAAGACUUCAAGCAGAUCUGUGAUCGACAUGUCAUGAGGCUCACCAGUGAGCAGUUUGAGAAUUUGUGGAACAUUUUGCCAGUCAACGCUUAUGGUAACCUGGACUUCCAUGAGUUUCUGACUAAGUUCAGUGGGAAAGAGCGUGAUGAUCAUGUUCCUCAAGAGGGGCAAGGAUCCACAUCGCCAGCACCUUUAUCACCUGACUCUAAAGCAAGCAUCCUCAAACGUCCUAAAACUGCCUCCUGCUCCAUCAGAUCUAACAAGGCAACGGAGGUCCCUAAACAGCAUAAGCGGCCACAUUCAGCGGGGGCGAAGACGGCAUCUUCACUAAAUGGAGAGACUGUGAACAGGAGGGUUAGAUGCCAGAUUCAUAGCUGCUGGAAGAUUAUCCAGAGGAGGUGCAGGGAGGUGGACCCUGAUAGACGUGGGGAGAUUGAAACUGGAACCUUUUUAGGUAUCAUGGAGGAUCUCCGUAUCCAGAUGACUCCACUGGAAUUUGAGCAGUUGAUGGCAAAAUAUGACCUUAAGAGUAAUGGAUGCAUUCGUUACUCGGACUUCCUGCGUCACUUUGUCCUCCCACAUAGACCUCUGGCCACCAGUUUGCUUAGCAGGAAUAAACUCCAACUUCCAAAGAUGCCAUUGAAUUCUGGACCGCUGACCACUCAGUGUGCAGAGGCCAUGCUUAGGAUAUAUGGCCCUGUUAAACAAUUUUGGAGAUCCAUAAGGCAGUCCUUUGUGUCUUUUGACAAAGACCGCAGUAGAAAGAUUUCUCUCCAAGACUUCAGAAAAGUUCUAAGGCAUUACAGUGUUAACCUAACAGAGGAAGAGUUCUUCCAUGUCACUUCUUUCUUUGACAAGGACAUGUCGGGGAAGAUAUCUUACAAUGAAUUUCUUAGCACUUUCCUGGGAUGAAGUCAAAUAACCAUUUAGAGAUGAAUAGAGUUUAUGAAUUAUGUCUGUGGUUUGAUUAGAAAGACUAGUUCUUGGGAGUUAUAAGAUUUAGUUUUGUACUACUUUUGUACUUUGAUGAUUUUUCCAAAGCUGUUUUUAAGAUCACAGUGCCUUAAUAAACAGCUUGAAUAUUGGCU